GUACGCUCCGCCACGGCGACCCCGACGACUCCCCCGGCCUCUUCCGCUCCCAGUUCCCCUUCGCCCCCGACCAUCCGCGCAUCCAAGCGCCGCCGCGGGACGGACGCCACGGGGAACUCGCCGCUACACCCCGGGCGGGGCGGGCUCGCCUCCGCCCCCGCCCCCGCCCCCGCCCCCGCCCCGCCGCCGGCUGAUGGGGUCGGGGUGGAGGGGUUUCGCCCUCUCGACCCUGAAGCUGACCCGCCGCCGCGGGCGCCCACGAAGGACCAGUUGAAGCACUGCAAGAAGGCGCUCAAGGUGCUCGAGAAGAAGCUCGGGAAGCCCGCCGCGAUCUCCAAGGAGUACUCGAGCCUCCCGGAUGCAAGAACAGUGCUUCAGUUGGCACAAAAGUUUACUGCUGCUCGGAGUCCUGCUAAUAGGGCAAGAAACCGCUACACUGAUGUCUUGCCAUUUGAUGAAACCAGGGUACGACUAAAGUCUUCAACAGGCAAUGAUUACAUCAAUGCAAGCCUUAUAAAGACUAUUGGUAGAGGUCAAACGAAGUUCAUUUCCACACAAGGUCCACUAUGCAGUACAUUUGAAGAUUUUUGGCAGAUGGUUUAUGAGAACCACUGUCCUGUGAUUGUUAUGCUCACAAAAUUUGACAGUUUUAAGUGUGAUGAGUAUCUUCCAUUGAGCAAGGGACAGGAAGUUUUUGGAAAAUUUACCAUUAAGAUCACAAAGACCAGAAACGAUGGCCAGUUAGUGUUGCGUGGUGUGGAGGUGCAAAAGGUUGAGUCAGAUGUAGUGCACCCUCUUCUCCACAUUGAGCAUUCUGAAUGGCCUGACCAUGGGGUGCCAAACAGCAGUACUGCUGUACGACAAAUUCUGAAAAGAUUAAAUUACAUUCCAAGAGAACAUCCAAUAGUUGCACAUUGCAGUGCAGGCAUCGGAAGAACAGGUGCUUAUAUCACUAUCCAUAAUACAAUAGAGAGGAUUUUACUUGGUGAACAGGAUGCUUUGGAUCUUGUUAAAACUGUCAAAAUAUUUAGAUCUCAGCGACCUGGAAUAGUCCAGACAGAGGAACAAUACAAGUUCUGCUAUCAGGCAAUCGCGGAUGACCUGAAAGAUCUGGUAUCAAACUCGAAACACUGAAAUCAUUUUUGAGGGACAGAUACGUCAGUUGUAUGCAGUGCCCUGACCUAUCUGACUGUCUGUUGCCCCUUCACUACCUCAAUUCUUUAAGCUUAGGUAGCAGCAUUCAUGUGCAGCAUGUAAGACUGAAAUGCAGAUUUCAGCAAGAAGCCUAUCAAACUUCCGCGGAUCUGAUCAUCUUAAGUUUGUGGUUUCGAUCCAACCCUUGUGUGAAUGGAUGGCUCGCAUCAAGAUUCACAUGUGUUGUCGAUUUUUAUUCUCUAUUGACUUCAUGUUGGGCCUUUCUGUGCUUUUCAUC